AUGGACAGGCCUGCUUCCGACUACGCGCAGCCAGGUUUGAGCCCUCAAUAUCCAAGUCUCCCGGAGACACAGUCUGAACAAUCAGCUGCAGAUCAGGCAACUGCUGCUGCUGCCGUCGCAUCCCCUACCCAAACCGAAGCUCGUCGAACUCCCCAAUCCCAAUACUCGGCACCUCCAGAACCUCGAUCGGGCGGUAUCUCAUCUUCGAAUACCCCCCAACCAGACUACGGCUUGCACCAGAACGCUUCCCAUCCACCACCGCCUCCGGCCGCCGCGCGCCCAUCUCCCUACCCUGAAUAUUUGACGCGCCAACCCCAGUACCACCACGCACCUCAUACCCAAGCCGGCGGGCCGCCAGGUAUGGCUCAAGCAACAAGUCCGUCCAUGAACCCGCAAGAUGGGCAGCAGAGUGACCAUCGAAGUCCCGCGCAAGUUAAGUCUGACACCGAGGUUCCUAUAGAUCCCUCGAUUGCAGCCUCGAGCCCGUCCUAUCCUCCACCAUACUCUCCCUACGCUCCUCAGAGCCACGACAUGGCGCAAUACCAAAGUCAUCCACCGCAGAUGUACGCUCGUCCGGACUGGCCACACCAAUAUGGAGGCCACCAGCCAGGCAUGCCCGGCCCUUAUAGCUCCCCGGCUUCAGCAGUGAGUUCAGCUUCCCCCGCUGCCACCGCUGGGCCACGACCUGGACAGGUCUUUUCAUUCGUGCCUAUCCCCGGCUCCCAACAACAUAAGCGACCUAGACGACGAUAUGAAGAGAUUGAGCGAAUGUACAAGUGCGGAUGGAAUGGAUGUGAAAAGGCCUAUGGCACACUAAAUCAUCUCAAUGCACACGUCACAAUGCAGUCACACGGUGCUAAGAGAUCUCCAGAUGAAUUCAAGGAGAUCCGCAAGGAGUGGAAAGCUCGCAAGAAGGAAGAAGACAACCAGCGCAAAGCUGCGGAAGAGAGAGAAAGGGCCGCACAGGCUAACCAGGUUGACAACAAUGGUGGCCCAAGUGGAAGUGGCCAACCUAGCCAACCAACUACCUCCUAUGCUGCCGGUGUUCGGCCUCAGCUGCCGCCAAUAGGCUAUCAGCCAGCAGACGGUCAAGUGCCAGGUCAGUACGGUGCUUCUCCUGGUGGUUUAGUCUAUCCAGCUGGCAAUGGCCAGAUGCCUGCAACCUACUCUCCAAGCUACCCCCAUUCCCCUUAUGGUCAGGGCAGUCCGGUCUACCCACAACCACCGCGUGAGUGA